UGCCAUCGUGCGAUCAGUUCCAAUCCAGACGUCGGUGAGAUUAGUUCGCGUGUGGAUCACGUAAAAAAGAAACCGUGCCCAAUCUGUGCUUGCUCGAUAGCUAAUACCUAAUCACCAAAUCGUCGUUAAGCUUGUUGAUCUCGGCGCAAUGUGUCGAGUUGUAAUAUUUGGUCUGGUAUUUAUAACCGCACUGGUAUUUCCCGCGGCAACCGAAAGUGGUGUACCAGGAACGCUAUUGGACUAUCGAAACUCUUUCAUUUCCUAUGAACGAAAAGGGCUGGACUCAUGCCCUUACACGUACUACAAAGAGACCUGCACCGAUUAUGCUCACAUCGUUUUGAUUGAAAAGACUGGAAAGAGCAGCAAAUCUCAGGAUUCGUACUGUCUCGGUGCAUUUAUAUCCGAGCGAUACGUUCUCACGACGGCCAGCUGUAUACGUCCAAAUGGUCCCUCGGAGUUGAAACUACGUUCUGCCAAUAAUGUUCACGAGAAGCUGUUCUUGACGUCUGUUCAUAAUCACCCGGAUUUUGGAUUGGCCGAGGGAAACGAUUUGUCGUUGCUGAAACUGAACUCAUCUGUGAGCUUUAAUAAAAAUAUUGCCGCAGCCUGCCUCUGGGAUGUAGACCACAUAGAAUUGUACUCCAAGAUCCAGGAAAUGGAUUACGAUUCUAGCUCGAUGAAACCCAUGUACAAUUCGACCAUAUGUUCAGGAGAAGGCAAAAACGACUGUCUCAAAUCGGCCCAGAAGCUGUGGUGUCAAAGGAAAUCGCUUGCAGGACUUUUGCAAAUCCGACAACUAGGUCAGCACAAAAUGCACCCAAUGAUUGCGAGUUUUGGUUGUAACAGUGAAAACGAGAUAAUCCCAAUUGCCAAGCACAUGCCUUGGAUUAGAGAAGUCACGAAGAGUGCAAAUUUGGAGUACAACUACACGGACGAAGGUUUGGGAGAAAAAUGUUUCAAAACCAAUAACGUCACUGGGAUUUGUCUUCCGCUGGAAUCGUGUCCAAUGAUUUUCAAAAACAUUAAAGAUAUCAAGAAACACUCAGCUAUUGAUCAAUGCGGGUUCGAAGGCAACAACAUGCUAGUUUGUUGUACUAAGCAGGACAUGCUCAAAGGGCCCGAUACAGAGGCCCGCUUCCGAGAUAUUGUACACGAAAUUGAAGACUGCGAAAUGUUGUACGACGAGUUUAGACGGACUCCAGAAGAGCAUCAGCUGCAUUCCCAGGUGGCCAUCAUUGACGGCCAUGACUCGACGAACUGUAGUGCAACUUUGAUCACAGCUCGAUAUCUUCUGACGUCAGCACAGUGUGUUUUCGGCCUAGAUAUCAAAAAAUCCGCUGUUUGGCUCGGACUGGGAAACGAUAUUGAAAACGUGGUUCAGAGAAACGAAAUCCACUCUAUUGUACCGCAUCCUAAGUUCAGCUCAAAAUCUCAUCACUAUAACGUGGCCGUAAUCAAACUCCGUUAUCCGGUGUUGAUUCAUACGUCCAGUAUUCCAGCUUGUUUGUGGCGAGAGAAGGCUAAGGUUCCCACCGAUAUGAGCGCCGUAAGUGUCCAGGGACAUGAGCAAAGCCCCGCCGCAGUCGAAGCCAGUGCUCUGUACUACAGUGACUGUCGUCGAUUGUACAAUCCGGAAUUAGUUCCGUCGGAAAUGUGUGUCCAAUAUCAAGCUCAACAGAAAUGUGAACCACGUGAACAGGAGGAGCUGUGUCGUCAACCGGGAAGUGGACUAUUCUCGAAUUUGUACUAUGGAGACGACAUGAAACCUGUGACAUACGUCGUCGGAAUCUACAACAACGGAUAUCAGUGCGAUAAAGGUGGACCAGCGCUGUAUACGCGAGUCAGUGAAUAUUUCGAGUGGAUCAAGAGUGUCGUUUACUUGGACUCCCAAACGGGAGAGUGAAUGGAUCAUGAUUGGAUCAAAUCUGUGGGGUAACAUAAAAACCUCUCGCGCAUAUUUGAACAUGUAAAUAGUAUGUUUAUGUAUGAAUGUAA